AUGGGUCUUGAUGUAAUUGGACCUAUAAUUCCAAAGUCUUUAGCAGGGCAUGCAUACAUCCUCGUCGGGACCGACUACUUCUCUAAGUGGGCCGAAGCCGUACCAUUAAAGGAAGUAAAGAAAGAAAAUGUUGCAGAUUUUAUUCGUAUCCAAAUCAUUUAUCGAUAUGGUGUCCCUCGUUUGACAACUAAAGAAAAUUCUCGUCUUCGAUUGAACGAGCUAGAAGUUUUUGAUGAGAAGAGGUUAGAAGCACAAAUGCACCUGGAGUGCUAUCAAGCUCGAAUGGCGAAGUCCUUCAACAAGAAG